AUGUAUCCUCAUCGUGCUUCCCUGUGUUCCGCCAUCUUAUCAUCUUCGAUCCAGAAGACAAGGCCUACCCUGGCGCUUGGCGGAUACAGCGAUGUGAUGCGCAUGGGAAAUGCUGACGAUCGAUUGAAAUUGGCGAAAAUCGAACGUGAAAUCCAACCUGAUGACCCAAUCAAUAUCCAGUAUACGAGUAAGACGAUCAUUUGCAUCCCAAAUCCGCUUUAUCACUGUUUCGGAUGUGUGCUGCGUGUAAACUUGCGCUCUCAACUCAUCUGGCAGACAAUGUGUCUUCCUGCACAUCGUUCGAGAGCUUUGGCGCGCUUUAAGCUGUUGACGAAGAACGGUAGCAUUGUCCAAUCUUUGAAAUGUACAGCCCUAUACGGUACGCCAACGAUGUUCAUUGAUAUGUUGAACCACCCUGAUUAUCACCAGUACAACUACGAUAGCAUCCGAUCAGGUUUUAUCGCUGGUGCCCCAUGUCCAAUCACGUUGUGUCGGCGUCUGGUGAACGAGAUGCACAUGCGGGACAUGCAGGUUAGUGAUUCUCCGGAAUUUUUUUUCGCAGCCCCGCCUAUGUUAGACUCCUUGGUUUCCUGUUUGUUUAUAAUGAGAUGUAUCGGAAAAUCAUCACAAUAG